AUGACCAAUGCUACACAUGAAAUCUUUGACACGGCCAGCAUCCUGCCUCCUAUCAUCCUCCCACCCCCUUCCCAUACCUUUAUUCUUGAUGAAAGCUACUCUAAGGCUGUCCCUAGUCAAGGGACAGUGCUUUCAGGGAAAACACAUUGGACUGUAUACACAUUUGAUCAAAAACAUUUGAAAUGUGCACAAAAGCAGCCAACACUAAGGGAUGAAAGUCAGAACUACAUUGCAAAACCUCUGAAUCCUAGGCAAAUACUUGGCAGACCUGUUGCUCCUACCCAAUGGGCACCUUUGAUAGCUAUCAACAAGCAUUUGCCACAGUCUCCACUGAGCACAUGCUCUGCCUACCACUCUGUGGCUUUCUGCAGCAAACCGUGGAAUCAACUGAAAGCAGCUGGCAUUUUUAAGCAUAAAAGACACAAACAAUAUCACAUAUGGGGGAGCAAAUGGAAGGAGCAUUUGCCAAUGCCUGGGGUGUUUGGCAAUAUUAAUGCUUGGUGCAAUCUUUUGAAGAAUUCCAAAGCGUGUGGCAAACUGUUCCCAUGCACGUGGUAUAGCCAGGGACACAGCUGUACUAACAUCAUAAUGACAGGACCAAAUUCACACAUAACAAUAUUAACUUUAAAUGUAAAUGGGCUAAAUGCUCCAAUUAAAAGACACAGACUGGCAAACUGGAUAAGGAGUCAAGACCCAUCAGUGUGCUGUAUUCAGGAAAGCCAUCUAAUGUGCGGAGACACACAUAGGCUCAAAAUAAAGAUGGAGGAAGAUAUACCAAGCAAGUGGAAAACAAAAAAAAAGGCAGGGGUUGCAAUCCUAGUCUCUGAUAAAACAGACUUCAAAUCAACAAAGAUCAAAAGAGACAAAGAAGGCCAUUACAUAAUGGUAAAGGGAUCAAUUCAACAAGAAGAGCUAACUAUCCUAAAUAUAUAUGCACCCAAUACAGGAGCACCCAGAUUCAUAAAGCAAGUCCUGAGUGAGCUACAAAGAGACUUAGACUCCCACACAAUAAUAAUGGGAGACUUUAACACCCCACUGUCAACAUUAGACAGAUCAACAAGACAGAAAGUUAACAAGGAUACCCAGGAAUUGAACUCAGCUCUGCACCAAGCAGACCUAAUAGACAUCUACAGAACUCUCCACCCCAAAUCAACAGAAUAUACAUUCUUUUCAGCACCACACCACACCUAUUCCAAAAUUGACCACAUAGUUGGAAGUAAAGCACUCCUCAGCAAAUGUAAAAGAACAGAAAUUAUAACAAAUUGUCUCUCAGACCACAGUGCAAUCAAACUAGAACUCAGGAUUAAGAAACUCACUCAAAACCGCUCAGCUACGUGGAAACUGAACAACCUACUCCUGAAUGACUACUGGGUACAUAACAAAAUGAAGGCAGAAAUAAAGAUGUUCUUUGAAACCAACGAGAACAAAGACACAACAUACCAGAAUCUCUGGGACACAUUCAAAGCAGUGUGCAGGGGGAAAUUUAUAGCACUAAAUGCCCACAAGAGAAAGCAGGAAAGAUCCAAAAUUGACACCCUCACAUCACAAUUAAAAGAACUAGAAAAGCAAGAGCAAACACAUUCAAAAGCUAGCAGAAGGCAAGAAAUAACUAAAAUCAGAGCAGAACUGAAGGAAAUAGAGAAACAAAAACCCCUUCAAAAAAUUAAUGAAUCCCCUCCAGAGAUACUUCAGAUUCUCAGUCACGUUAGCUCCUUUUUUAAAGAGGGUCUGGGUAUGUAUGUUUCAUCCCACAUGUCUAACAUCCGUAGUAAUAUGUCAGUGCCUGGUGAGAAAGAAGAACCAAAGUUACAGGUGAAUAAUCAUAACUCGAACAGAACAUUAAAGGGAGAGUGCUGGAGCCUAUGGAAGAACUCAAGAGAAGAAGCUAGCACACAGAAAAAUAAUGAAGCAAGAAUCUGGCAGGGAUGGAUCCCCAAAGGAUUUGGUGUUCCAAUGAAAGGGCAGGUGGGUUUGUUUGGUUUUUUGGCUUUGUUUUUUGUUUUUGCUGCCUUCACUCCUGCAGCGUACUACUGCUUUCUAAACUAUCAGAGAGUUCCUCUACCCUUGCAAGCUCAAUCACUAGUGUGGGCAGCAAAUUGGGAGCUUCUUGAGGGCAGUGCACCAGGCUACCAGCUUGCCCAGGUUCACUCACCACUGGCCCAGAACCCAGCUACAAUGACAGGGCACCAUAUUGAAUGCAUACCCAUUGUAGGAUUCUUACCAUGA